AUGCAUCAAACAGCCAAUGUCGAUACUAAAGGCUCUGCCACAGACCCUGUCAGCAUAUUAUGUGAUAUGCGCGAUGGGGAGUUCGAACCUGAAGUUUCCGCUGCAAAAUCUCGUCGCGUAUUAAUGAAGAUCGACGCGGUUGUGAUGCCUCUCAUCGUCAUUUCAAUGACACUGGCGUUCUUAGAUAAGAAUGGACUUGCCUAUGCGGCAGUAUAUGGCUUAAAGACAGACACAAAUUUAGUCGGACAACAAUACAGCUGGCUGGGAAGCAUUUUCUACUUCGGCUACCUUGCCAUGGAGUUUCCGAAUCUUUGGUUGAUAACAAAAUUCCCAACCGGAAAAUACAUCGGAGGUUGCCUCGUGGCCUGGGGUGCAUGUUUGUGCUUGCUGGCGGCAUGCCACAACUUUGCCGGACUCGCUGCCAUUCGCUUCUUACUGGGUGUUUUCGAAGCUGCUCUACUUCCAUGCUUGUUACUAGUCAACUCAAAAUGGUACCGACGCAAUGAGCAGCCUUUGCGCACUGCGUUUUGGUAUAAUACAUUUGCCGGUGUCUUCGGUGGUAUCUUGAGCUAUGCUAUCGGACACAUCAAGGGAGAUCUGCCUACAUGGAAGUAUAUCUUUAUUAUCUACGGGGCUGUGACUAUUCUCGUUGGCAGCUUGGUUAUCUUUGCCUUACCUGAUGGCCCUGCAACCGCCUGGUUUCUAUCAGCGGAAGAGAAAAAGAUUGCACUUUUACGUGUUGCGGAAAACCAGACUGGUCUAGGCUCUCACAAGGACAUGAAGCUCAGUCAGAUCCUGGACGCUCUCACGGAUCCCAGAUACUACAUACUCAUGACAUUCGCCAUAGCCCAGUCAAUCACGAAUGCUGGAAUCACUAAUUUCAAUCCGCUUAUCAUAUCUGGAUAUGGAUUUUCACAGGCCAAGACAACCCUCCUCGCCACUCCACAAGCAGCAGUUGCAAUGGUUGCGCAGGCAGUUUUUACGACUAUCGCAUUCUUCGUCCCCAACAUCCGAUGCUUGCUUUGGGUUAUAUCCUCCCUCAUUGCUAUGGCAGGAGCUAUAGUGGUUCAUCUUAUGGACCCGACCACACAGCGUAAUGCCUCACUGGCUGGAAUUUACAUUAUGGGAUUCUACAACGUGCCCUGGGUGCUCGCAUUGAGUCUGCAAACAUCGAAUACUAGCGGAACAACGAAGAAGAGCUUCGUUUCUAUCUCCGUGGCUGUAUUCUAUGCUGUUGGAAACAUUAUUGGUCCACAGUUCUUCCGCAAUGACCAAGCACCGCAUUAUCCACUGGGAAUUGGGGCAAUGCUAUGCUGCUUUGCGAUUAUGACUGUAACUGGGAUCUUGUAUUUCGUGUCUUGUUUAAUUUCUAACAAGCACCGUGAUCGUGUUCAUGGGCAGGUUAGCGAAAGGCCAGGUAUGGAGGGGAUUGAGGCGGAUCUGGAUGAUUCAACUGAUCGGGAGAACAAUAGGUUCAGAUACGCAUAUUAA